CCAGAUCUCUGAAGAUAAGGCUUGAACUUUGCACUUGCAAAUGUCACUGCAUACGUUUUGCAAUAGGCUUUUUUUUUUUUCCAAAGGUUCUCUUACAACUAAUUUCCUUUAACAACCCAAGAGCAGGGAAGAGAAUCUUCAGGGUAGUUAGAUGAAAUAAGUUUAGAACGAGUUGGUGCCUGUCUUCCAAUACACUUGUAGUGUUCUUUAUUUUUUAAAGCAAUAUAAAGCUUUCGAGUGUUUGUUUUCCGCUCUGGAAUGGGAAAAUAAGAAUCUCCUUAAAUUGGACUCCUCCGGGGUAGAAGCGAAAACGCAAGAAGCAGAAAGGGAGCGAGAAGAGGGGCUUGCCCCGAGCAUGGAUGGGGAAGGAGCCGAGGUGGUUCUGCAGGGCUCAGCGCGCACUGAGGAUCUGUGCCCGGGGCUGCUGCUGCGGAUGGGAAAGGCGCUGUCUGGCUAAUGAAGGCCACCUGGAUCAGGCUUCUGAAAAGAGCCAAGGGAGGAAGGCUGAAGAAUUCUGAUAUCUGUGGUUCGGCAGACUCCUACACCAGCCGUCCAUCCGAUUCAGAUGUGUCUUUGGAGGAAGAUCGGGAGGCAGUGCGCAGAGAAGCAGAACGACAGGCCCAGGCCCAGCUGGAAAAAGCAAAGACAAAGCCUGUUGCAUUUGCAGUUCGGACAAAUGUCAGCUACAGUGCAGCCCAUGAAGAUGAUGUUCCAGUGCCUGGCAUGGCCAUCUCAUUCGAAGCAAAAGAUUUUCUGCAUGUUAAGGAAAAAUUUAACAAUGACUGGUGGAUAGGGCGAUUGGUUAAAGAAGGCUGUGAAAUCGGAUUCAUUCCAAGCCCAGUGAAACUAGAAAAUAUGAGGCUACAGCAUGAACAGAGAGCCAAGCAAGGGAAAUUCUACUCCAGUAAAUCAGGAGGAAAUUCAUCAUCCAGUUUGGGUGACAUAGUACCUAGUUCCAGAAAAUCUACACCUCCAUCCUCUGCUAUAGACAUAGAUGCUACUGGCUUAGAUGCAGAAGAAAAUGAUAUUCCAGCAAACCACCGCUCCCCUAAACCCAGUGCAAACAGUGUAACGUCACCCCACUCCAAAGAGAAAAGAAUGCCCUUCUUUAAGAAGACAGAGCACACGCCCCCCUAUGAUGUGGUACCUUCCAUGCGACCCGUGGUCUUGGUGGGCCCUUCUCUGAAAGGGUACGAGGUCACAGAUAUGAUGCAAAAAGCAUUGUUUGAUUUUUUAAAACACAGAUUUGAAGGGCGGAUAUCCAUCACAAGGGUCACUGCUGACAUCUCACUGGCCAAACGCUCAGUGUUAAAUAACCCCAGUAAGCAUGCAAUAAUAGAAAGAUCUAACACAAGGUCAAGCUUAGCGGAAGUUCAGAGUGAAAUAGAAAGAAUUUUUGAACUUGCAAGAACAUUGCAACUGGUAGUCCUUGAUGCAGACACUAUUAAUCAUCCAGCUCAACUCAGUAAAACCUCUUUGGCCCCUAUUAUAGUAUAUGUAAAGAUCUCUUCUCCUAAGGUUUUACAAAGGUUAAUAAAAUCUCGAGGGAAAUCUCAAGCUAAACACCUCAAUGUCCAGAUGGUAGCCGCUGAUAAGCUGUCUCAGUGCCCUCCAGAGCUGUUUGAUGUGAUCUUGGACGAGAACCAGCUCGAGGAUGCUUGUGAGCACCUUGCCGACUACCUGGAGGCCUACUGGAAGGCUACCCAUCCUCCCAGCAGCAGUCUCCCCAACCCUCUCCUUAGUCGUACUUUAGCCACUUCCGCUCUGCCUGUUAGCCCCACUCCAGCCUCUAAUUCACAGAGUUCUCAAGGUGAUCAGAGGACUGAUCGCUCUGCUCCUGCCCGUUCUGCUUCCCAAGCUGAACAAGAACCCUGCCUGGAACCAGUGAAGAAAUCCCAGCACCGGUCUUCCUCCUCAGCCCAGCACCACAAUCAUCGCAGUGGUACAAAUCGAGGCCUCCCCAGGCAAGAGACAUUUGACUCAGAAACCCAGGAGAGCCGAGACUCUGCCUACGUGGAGCCAAAGGAGGAUUACUCCCACGAACAUGUGGACCACUAUGUCCCGCACCGUGACCACAGCCACAGGGAUGAGCCCCACGGGAGCAGUGAGCACAGACACAGGGAGUCUCGGCACCGUGCCAGGGACCUGGAUCGAGAGCAGGACCACAACGAAUGCAACAAACAGCGAAGCCGCCAUAAAUCCAAGGAUCGCUACUAUGACAAGGAUGGAGAAGGAAUAUCUAAAAAACGGAAUGAGGCUGGGGAGUGGAACAGGGAUGUUUACAUCCGCCAGUGACUUUGGCCCUUUUGUUUUCAUUUUUUAAAGUCUUUAAAGUCUUGUAUAAAUCACCCUCAAUCUAAGUCUUUGGGGUUGACAUUGCAAUCAUAUGUAUCUGUCUUGUAUAUUUUGUAUUGCUGUUGCUUAAAUAGCAAUAGCAUGACAGAGUAUUAAUAUACUUUUUUCUUUUAUAAGUGCUAUAUAAAUUUGCCUGGUACAGCUG